GCUCCGGUUGGGUCUCGGCGCUCGGAGCUCCCUGCUCUGCCCUCCCCUGCCCCCCCGCGGAGCUGCCAGGACCAAGCCCUGCCGAGCCCUCCCCAGCGGCUGCCUGCGCCCCCGGGAGCCGCAGGCAGCAUGAGCCGAGCAGGCAGCGCUGAGCCGGAGCGCCUGAGCCGCCGCAGCCCCAGCGGGGACGGGGCCGGAGCGGAGCGGAGCUGCCCCCGCGGCCCCUGCGCCCCCCGCGGCAGCCUCCGCGGGCACAGCGAGCUGCAGGCAGUGCGGCAGCAGGAGGCAGAGGACAUCAAAGCGCUCAACAACCAGUUCGUGAGCCUGAUCGAGAAGGUGCAAUGCUUGGAGCAGCAGAACAAGGUCCUGACCACCAGGUGGAACUUCCUGAAGGAUCAGGACAAUUCCCACUCGGAGUCAGACAUCAAAGACAUCUACGAGCACUACAUGAGCAAAAUGACUCAGGAGAUGAAGGCUCUCAGCUACGAGCAGGGGAGCCUGGAGCUGGAGCUGACAAAGGUCCUGGACACUAUGGAUGACUUCCGAAGCAAGUACGAGGAUGAGAUUCGCCUCUGCAGCGGCAUGGAGUACACCUUCAUGGAGCUCAAGAAGGACUUAGAUGUCAGCACCUUGCACAGGACAGAGCUGGAGGUCAAACUCAGCGGCCUGCAGGAGCUGAUGGAGCUGAAGAAAACCAUCUAUGAGCAGGAGCUGGAGGAGCUGCUGACAGAGAUCAAGGACAUCUCCGUGGUGCUGGGCAUCGACAGCUCCUGCAAGCUGGACCUGAGCAGCAUCGUGGAGGAAGUGAGGGCUCAGUACGAGGCCCUGGCCCUGCGCAGCUGGGAGGAGGCUGAGGCUCUCACCAGGAGGAAGCUGAAGGAGGGCAGCAGCCAGGCAGGGGCCUGUGGGGGUCACCUCCUCGACAGCCGCCGCCAGAUCGCAGACCUCAACAUCCAGAUCCAGAAGCUGAGGUCCUGCAUCGUGUCCCAGCGGAGCCAGUGCCUGUACCUGGAGGAGCACAUCAGGGAUGCAGGCGAGCAGGGCGAGGUGGCCCUGGGCGAUGCCAGGGCCAAGCUGGCCAAGCUGGAGGCUGCCCUGCAGAGGAGCAAGGAGGACAUGGCCCAGCUGGUGAGGGACUACCAGGAGCUGCUCAACAUCAAACUGGCCCUGGACGUGGAGAUCCUCACCUACAGGAAGCUGGUGGAGGGGGAGGAGAGCAGCAUGGAGCAGCCAAUCCCCACUGUCAUCAGCAGUGUCCACUCCAGGCCCAGGCACCUGUCUGCCAGCACCCUGAGGAACUCGAAGCUGUUUGCCAGAGCCGAGGGGGAGGUGAGGCCCGAGGGGGGCACUGCCUUCAGCACUGCUGCCCUGCCACAGCCUGGCCCCCCCCUGCCUGCUGCUGAGUGCUCCUAGCUGGGGGGCAGAGCCCCCCCAGAGCGCAGCCAGGAGCCCUCCUGGCCCCUCAGCCAGCUGGGGCCAAGCACUUCCUCCCCAGCUGAAGCCAACGUCCAAGGGGCACAGGAGCAGAGCCCCCCCCAGGCUGCCCCUUCUGCCUCCACCAGCCCCCCCCCCCCGGUGCCAGCCCAGCCCCAGCUCUGCCCCAGCAGAAACCAACCCCAGAGCCCAGAGAGACCUCCCCCAGCCCCACCAGGUGCCCACACCAGUGCCCAGCCCCGGGUGGGGACCCCUCCAAGCUCUCCUGCCCCAGAGACCUGGCAGGAGGGGAAGCAGCAGCAGAGCAGCCUGAGGGCAGCAGCCCUGGCACUGAGGACCCCAA